CUUCUUGGCUCUGGGGGAAAGAGCCAGGAGGCUUGGGCUGAGCCCCCUGAGACCUAUAUUGAAUCAGAGCAUUGGUCUACUUAGCCUAGUUUUGCCUAUAGGAAUUGGCAGCAAUGGCUCUAGUCUAGGGUUUCAGGCAGGGAGUUUUUACCCCGACCCCCGUCCUAUCUGCAGAUGCCGCUGGGGAUUGAUGCUGCGACCUCUUGCAUGCAAAGCACAGACCCUCCAAGUGUCUCUCUUUUCCAGGGACGUCCCUGAUUUAGAGAAGCCGCCCCGGUUUCGGAUUUGAUCCUGGAAUGUACCACUUUUCCUUAGGAUGUCCCUAUUUUCAUGGGAGAAAUGUUGGAGGAUAUGAAGGCAGGUGCUCUGCCACUGAGCUGCAUCCAUUGGUGGUUCCAGACAAGGGGUUUUUCUUCCAGCCACACUUGCAGAUGCCAUUGAGGAUUGAAUUUAGGGCCUUCUGUGCUCAAAGCAGAUGCUCUACCAAAAGGGGGGAAGGGGGUGUUCCUACACUGAGUGAAACCUUCUGCGCAAAGAUCCACCGAAAGCAGAAGACAGUCAGUGUUGCCUAUGACUCUCCCGGAGGAAAUGGUCUGGGCAAGACAAACGAAGCAGAGGGCAAGAAGCAGAAGUGGGAACCAAAAAACUGGGAGCAGCACCUGAGCAACAUCCGGGAAAUGAGGAAGGAGAGAGAUGCCCCUGUGGACCAGAUGGGUGCUGGGAAAUGCUUUGACAGUGAUGCUCCUCCAGAGGUUAGGCGCUACCAGGUCCUCUUGUCACUCAUGCUCUCCAGCCAAACCAAAGAUCAGGUGACUUCGGCGGCCAUGAUGCGCCUGAGGGAACAUGGCCUCACUGUGGACAACAUCUUGGAGACUGAUGACGUGACUCUAGGCCAGCUCAUCUACCCUGUGGGGUUUUGGAAGCGGAAAGUGAGCUACAUCAAGCAGACCACAGCAAUUCUGAAGGAGGACUAUGCUGGAGACAUCCCAAGGACACUGACGGAGCUGGUGAAACUCCCAGGGGUUGGACCCAAGAUGGCUCAUUUGGUGAUGGACAUUGCCUGGCAAGACGUCUCUGGAAUCGGUGUGGACACACAUGUGCACCGGAUUUCCAACAGGUUGAAGUGGGCAAAGAAGGAAACGAAGCUUCCUGAGGAGACUCGGCUGGCUCUGGAAGAGUGGCUCCCCAGAGAUCUCUGGAGUGAGAUAAACUGGCUUCUUGUUGGGUUUGGGCAGCAAGUCUGCUUACCUGUAAAUCCACGCUGCAGUGAAUGCCUCAACAGGGACAUCUGUCCGGCUUCGAGGAAACGCUGAGAGAUGUAACACUUACUGGAACAGGCCACCAUACUGGGGGACUAGGACUUGGGGGCCCACCAAUGGACUGAUGAUGCUGUAGCUGACCUGCCAGUGGCUUGAGCAAGAGGGAUUUUCACCCUGAAAUCUGGUGGCACUACAGCAAUGACUUGGUUCCUGGUUUCCAAGCCAUGCACAGGUGAGAGGGGUCCAAAUAGCAUUGUUCCUCAUAAAAGGACCACAGAGUUGACUCAAGUGUGGUGUCCCAGGCUGCCCUGAAAGGACUCCUCUUAACCCAAGUAUGAAGCCACACAGAGAGUAGUUAAAUAAGUGCAAUGUAUUGGGGCUAGAUUCCAGACUAAGUUAGCUGGACUCGAGUCCCACUGAAAUCAGUUGCACGUGUACAUCUUGACAUAACUCAGUUCAGCUAGCUCAGGCCCCAUCAGCACCAUACAUUUAAAGCAGUGACAUGCUACUUUAAACAGUCAUGGUCCCCCUGCCAGCCCCUU